UAUACCAAAAGACCUGUCAAAGUAUGUGACCAAUGCCCCCGAAUGUGACAUUGACCUACGAACAAGAAUGACUCGAAAGUUUGAAGACAUUUUAAGGCUUACAAUUCUCAUCUGCGCAAUACCACCGAAUGAAUCCACGAGAAUAGCAUCUGUGGACGACUGGACUAAAUGUCCGCCACCCAGCAGCCGUUUCCGGGUGUUUACAGACGUGUCAUUGGAACAAUGUGUGGCUGAGUGCGAGGCGCGUUCGGCAUGUGCCGCCCUCGGCUAUUUGCGCACCCCGCAUGUGUGUGAACUGUAUGAUAAGCCCGCGGGUGAAGACGGGUCCGGAAAGGCUACCACCAACUCGCGUUGCCUUUUGGUACAGGAGGGCGAAGCCCCGUGUGGAUGCCCCCGCUGGCGCGUCUGUGACCGGAAGUCUAAAACAUGCACGGUUAAAGAGUGUGAGCCCGUGAGGAACGUCGCUCAUGGAAAGAUUCUCGGGAACCGUUACGACGUCGGCGCAAAACUGCGAGUGCUAUGUGACGUGGGCUACGUUGCGGAGAAUAAUAUGGCGUCAAUGACAUGUGGCGGGAAUGGAUCAUGGUCUCACGUGGCAUCAUGUGUACCGAAGUUGAACAAUUCAGCGGUAGUAAACUCAACGCAAUCAAAUUUAGAAUCCGUUUCCCCGCAAAAUGUGUCCGAAUCCACAUCCAAUAUAAAACAGACGCUUCCUGGGUAUCCUGGUACCGAACUGAUCUUUGUUAACGAGGCGCAUUCCCUCGAAGACCGCAAAGCAGUAUGUGAGAACAUACAUGGGGGUCACAUGAUCAAGAUAGACACUGCGGCGAAACUGGGCGCCAUCAAGAACUUAACGACGGGAGGCAACGGCCAGGACAUCUCCUGGUGGGUGGACGGACACAAUAAGGACAACAUCUGGAAGUUCCACGAUGGGACACUCAUGGUCGUGCACGACCCAAGAAUCUGGAAGAAUGAAACUGAGCCCAUAAGCACCGACAAGUGUGUCUUAUUGAAGAAAUCAACGUUCCUACUUGAAGGGGUAAACCCUGGUAACUGUGAUGGCCAUAUUCUUCUCGGCGUUAUCUGCGAAAAGAACACCACGUCGGCGUCAGGCACGCAAGUUUAACGCUCACAUGGCGUCAAUGACACCGACGGAAAGAUGAUUUGUUUAGAACAGUAAUUAGUAUAUAAUGAUCGAACUAUGGAACAAAUUUAUAUAUUAUGUAAUAGUUAGAUGGCAUUAAGUAGAAUCUUAAUAAUUAAAAAUGGGAUGAGUGAGCAUAGCGAAGGAGCCCUUCCCUAAUCAUAAAGACACUACUUCAGGUAAUCUAACUGACUUAGAAUACAACCUCCUCAUUGGCUGACACAUUGUCGCGCAAAAUCUGACGCGGGGUGAGUGGCAGUUGGCGAAUUCUUAAUGAUUGCCUAUCUGCAAUUCCUUUGGCUGAAAAUGUAGGUUAAUUGUAUUCUUAAUUUCUUCACUCCUAUAAUAUGGGGAAAUAAGCAAUUGUGUCUGGCAAACAAUGGUGUACAAAUAUUCUAUAAACAAUUGCUGUUAAUCAUUGUCUUUGUUUUGUAAACAUAUCAUAAUCAUGAUAAUGUAUUACACUGAAGUAUGUUCGCUUAACAUGUGACACUUUUCAGAAUUAAAUUACCGCUUAAAGUUGCUCCUUUUUUCAGUUGCGACAGAAACGUUUUAUGUUGUUACUUUAUUAUGCUAUAGUCGACAAGCGACAAAUGUACAAUGUAUAGUCAUUAUAUAUCCUUCACUUGACGUUUAAAGUGACUCGCUCAUGGUUUGUAAAAUGCAUUUUUUUAAUUAAUAAAGU